CUUGCGAUUGUCUGCUAGCAACGUCAACGAAAUGGCUUCACCAAAUGAGAAAACGCCAACCAAACGAAAGCGUGAAAAUAUGACAGAGCAGCAUAUCCAAAUUCUGUGCGCAUAUGUCAGGGAAAAGAGGUCUGUGCUCUUCGGAAAGCCUUUGUCUCCCACUGAUAGGGUCUCUGAUCAGCGCAAACAAGCUUGGGAAAAUAUUGCUAAGCAGCUUUCAGCGACCGGAUGCCCCAGGAGUGGGGAUGACGUGCGUAAGGCAUGGUCCGACCUAAAGAAAAGGGCCAAAAAAUAUGAGGAUGAUAAGAAGAAGACUGGCGGAGGCUCCUACAGGUUCAAGCCUAUGUUGGAAGAGGUACUACUCACCAUAUCGGACAAAGCCUUACAUGGCAUAAAAGGGCAAAAUAGUGAGACUGGGGCAACUCAACCAUGCUCACAAAACACAGAGGCAUGCAACCUUCUGCACCAGAUGGGACAGGUGGAAGACGACGAUGUGGAGACAUUGGGAGAUGGAGAGGAAGAUCUGGAUCAAGAUCAAGAUCAAGAAAAUCCCCCCCCAAAAAAAAGAAAUUUGGUAUCACAAGGAAAUUUGUAUCAAGAGAUGCUUCUGAGGAAUCAAGAAGCAAUGCUGGAGACCCAACAAGGCAUUCUAGCGACCCUCAAUGCCAUGUUGGGGGUCCUUCAAGAAUAUGUGAGCAAACAUGAUUGAUUUUUUUUUCUAAAAGGGAUGACUGUUUUCACAAAAUAUUGCUAAAAUUGAAACUUCAUUAA